CGACGUUGAGUGAAUUUCACACAAUAUGGCGUCUAAGGUGGACGAAGAUUCUAAAGAAGGAAGAAAAUCUGUUGAGAAACAGUCGGAUGAGAAUGGAGAGAAGUAUAAACAGUGCGCGGCGAAAAAAGUAAGCAAAGAUGAACAUUUAAAAAACAGGUCUCAAUUAUCUGCGAACGCUCAAAUAGUUGAAGAAUUGUUGGACAAUGUUUCUGGAGAAGAUUCUGAAAGUGAAACAUUUCAAGAUGCAGUUGAGGAUUUAGAUGAAAAAAGCGACUCUUUUAAAGCGAAGUCGAGUGAAGUUACGAAUGAAGAGGAGAAAGAGGAGGAAAACGAGGUAGUGGAGGAAGAAGAAAGGUUAACGCCUGAAGAAAAGGAGGAAAGAAAAAUACAGGCACAGGAAUUUAAAGAAAAAGGCAAUAAUUAUUUUAAAAGAUCUGAAUAUCCUGAAGCUAGAGAACUGUACACCAGUGCAAUAAAGAUAUGUCCAAAUGAUUUUACCAAGGAAAAAUCUAUAUUUUAUGCAAACAGAGCAGCCUGCCUGGUUAAAAUGGAGCAACACAAGGAAGCAAUAGAUGACUGCACAAAAGCCUUAGACCUAGACUCAGAUUACCUCAAAGUGAGACUUAGGAGAGCUCAGUGCUUUGAACACGAGGACAGAUUAGAAGAGGCCUUGGAAGAUUACCAGAAAGUGUUUGAUAUGGAUCGUUCAUCUCACGUGGCGAGAGAAGCACUGAUGAGACUUCCUGAACAAAUCAGGGUCAAGCAUGAAAAAAUGAAAGAGGAAAUGAUGGGGAAACUUAAAGAUUUGGGAAAUGUUUUUCUACGGCCUUUUGGCCUGUCUACAGACAAUUUCAAGGUUCAACAAGAUCCGAAAUCUGGAGGCUACUCAGUUAAUUUCCAAAAAUGAUUUAGGAGGCUGGAAUAAAGUUAAAGUAGAUCUGUCUGUCUGUAUAAGAGAUAAUUCAAGCAUGUCUACAAAGUAACACAAAUGCAAAAGUAGAGCACAACCAAUUAAGUGGUUCUGUACUUAUUCAGAUGGAGGAGAGUGGACAAGGCUACACCAUGAAUUAAACUGUGGACAGACCUUUCCACAAAUUAUUAUGCGACACAUCAAAGAAUAAGCAUGUUAUCAAUGAGUCAGAUGUUAAGGGAAAAUAGCUAAAAAGCAGUAAAGAAAGGACUUGUGUUACAGCAGGUCAGCUACAAGAUUACUUUACAAAACAGCCACAAAAAGAUAUUAAGUUCAUUAUGCUUUUGGGACAUACUGUGAUAGUAUAAUAUGGCACUGAAAUAUGGUACUAUAUUGAGGCACUACAGUGCAGCACUCAGUUUUUUUUUUUAUGAUAAUGUUUUUCAAAAGCAAUUCCUGGGUGGGAUUUAACUGGUACAGUCAUUUUUUGCUUUGUUACUAAACAUAGAACUCUU